AUGAUUGUGGUCGGCGGAAAAAUGCUCACUCUACCAGGCCACCAACUCUCUCAUCAACACAGCUUACGAAGACUAGUCAUCAAUGACAAUUCUCACCUGUCAGUAUUUCAAACAUUAGUUGAUUUACCUAGUCUUGAGUACCUUGAUCUAAGUAGGAAUGUACUGACCAUAUAUUGUUGUGAUUUAGAAUUUGUUGACACUCCUAAUCUCCGGUAUCUAAACCUGAGUGUGAACUCAGCAGUAACAAUAAGAGUAUUUGGACUUGUAAAUCAUCCAACUCUUGAAAUAUUGGAUGUCCAUAACACAAAGGUAAUAGUUGAAAAAGACUUCAGUGAUGUUAUGGAACAUCUUAGGUAUUUGAAAUAUUUGGACCUCUCCAAUUCACAAAUGACCUUUAAAAACAAACUUUUUCAUGGCUUGAGAAGUUUGAAAGAAUUGAAAAUGGCUAGCAACAGCUUUGCAAAAGGCAUUUUUGGUGAAUUAUUUUUAAAUCUCACAACUUUGGAGGUCCUGGACAUUUCAAAUUGUGCCAUUGAAAACAUACCCUUGACUUCUUUCCAGAAUCUACAUAAAUUGGAACACCUAACCCUAAACAACAACCACAUAGCCGCCAUCUCUCCAAAUGUUCUUAAGAAUCUCCCUGCAGAUCUUUCGGUACUUGAUUUGUCCUUCAAUCCCAUAGAAUGUUCCUGUUCUCAAACUGAAUUUAUUUCCUGGAUCAUUAAUCAUCAGUCAGUUUUAAAAGAUCCUCAACUGAUGUCAUGCAAAUCCUCAUCCAAGAACUCCAGGGUGAUUAACUUUGACCUCACAUACUGUGCCAACACAAACAGAGGGGUAAUAACUGUUUCCAUAUUUGCAGCUGUAAUUGUAUUUCUAUUCUCCGCAUUGCUGUAUAAGUAUCAGUUCUAUAUACACUACUGCUUCAUAUUGCUAAGAGGCAACAAAAUGUCUAGGCAAGAGGAAUGCUCUUAUGAUGCUUUUGUGAUCUACUCAAGCAAGGAUGAAACCUGGGUGUUGGAAGAGCUUGCGGAGAACCUUGAGAAAGGACUUCCCCCAAUUCAGCUUUGCCUGCAUGAGCGAGAUUUUCAAGCAGGAAAGUCGAUUACCUCCAAUAUAGUGGAUGAAGGCAUCACAGGCAGCCGGAAAGCCAUUGUGGUGGUGUCUCAGCACUUCCUAGACAGUACAUUGUGUCAGUUUGAGUUUGAACUGGCACAAUCCUGGCUUGUCUUGAGGCGAAAUGCCAGCAUCAUCAUCAUCAUUCUGGAAGAUGUGGAAGAUAAGAAAAUAAGGAGACUGUUUGGACUUCAUAAGUAUCUGAAAAAGAACACCUACCUCAAGUGGAAGGGAAACGUGCUGAGCAAUGUCCGCUUCUGGGCUCGUCUCAGAAAAGCCAUUAUUGCUCAGAACUGA